AUAAAUGAACACUAUUUUUUCAAUAUUACCAGAUGGCUUAAACGGUGGUGAAUAUUGUGUAGUAAAGUCACCGACUGCUUGUGGUUCGUUGUAAAAACCAGUCAGACUUUCAUUUACUUGAUAUUUUUUCAUUUGUAUUUAUUUCCCGUUGCUACUUUACGUCAAACAACGUCGCAGGUGUUUACAUUAUUUAAUAAAAAAUAACUUGAAAAUAACCUUCUGUCAAGAGUGUACGUCAUUAUUUCCAUAAAUUGCAGUCGUUCUAUGUCCGGCUCCGGACUUGUGGGCCUUUGUGACGUCACUGGCAACGAGUUCUCGCGAGAUUUCAGCCUAGAAUGCCAAUGCAUUCUUUCGAAGCUUCAUUUGGUCAAGUUGCUAGGUAAGAAUGUCUAAUUAUGGACUCGUCUCCUUAGUCACCAAACAGUCUAUCUAUCAUGUAAUUGAAUAACGUUAAGUACAACAUAUUGGACAUUUAAUGGAACUAACCAUCCUCAUUAACGCGUGGUUAGCAGGCGUUUCAAACUGGCUAAGGCUAACGUUAGCAUUGGUGAGCUCAUGCUCAGCACUAUAAAUACAUAUAUGUACUAUAUGCACACCGCAGUGAAUAGUGGAAAAGGAAAUCAAACAGCAUAGUGCUACUUACUGUUAGCCUUGCUGCUUAUUAGCAGAGCUACGUUGUAACCUAGCUACUUUGUUAGCCUCCAUCUACUUAGCUUAGUUAUUGUCCCUGAUCCUAUCUAUAGUGAUCAAUCCCGUUGUUGGAUCAGUUGUUUUCCUUGCAAGUUAUUGAUGGGAGAUGUUCUUUCAUAAUUCAUUCUCUGAUUCUUUGAUCUCCUUUCUACAUCAAGUUUCCUUUUUUGUCCACAAGGGGAUAUUAUCUCUUCCUCUUCGUCUCAGCUCCAGUCUGACUUUUGGGCCUGCUUCUUUAGCUAACUGUCGCUCAGUAGCUUCCAUGGCUGUGUGCGUGCACGUCAAAGUGUUGGUGGUCUUUGUGGACACGAAGACCACAAUGUCUACUUGUCCUUAACUGUUUUUCAGGACCGCACUUCCCUCUUUGCUCCAGACUUCAACUUGAUAGGAUCCUUCCCACCGGACACAUCUUGAACUUUUCUCAUCCUCUUGCCUCCCAGAACAUUUUGACCCUCGCAAGCAUCUACGCCUUGUGACGCCAUGUCUCAGAGGUCGCAGAUGGACGGCACUCAACAAGGCUUCGGCGUGGGUCGGGGGCUCCUUGCCGCUGCAGAGACUUUAAACUUCGGCAUGAAUCAGCUGGUGGGCGGGGCUUCAGGGGUGGGCGGUGGCAUGGAGGGCCAGGAGAGCAGCUCCCGCAUGUCCCGUGGUGGUGGCGGCGGCGGCAAUCUUGGCAGCACCAUGAAGCUUUUUGCCAGCUUGGGGCUGUCGCCCUCGGAUCUGGAUGCUCUGGCUCAGAUUCCAGAGGAGGACAUCAGUGUGGAGACUCUGCCGCAAAUCAUCAUGCAGCUCAAGAACCGUAAGGUGGACACGGGGCGGGGGGCAGCAUCCUCCAUGUCGUCAGAUAAGUCCUACAGAGGUGGCGGUUGGGACAAUGUGGGCAGGAUGGGCGGGACGUCUUUAGGGCAAGGUUCUGGCCCGUCAGACUUUGGCUUCACUUCCCAGCAGGAGGUCUCCCUCAACCGUGGGCUGGGCCUGAAUUAUGGAGGCGGGAACAGAGGGAGGUUCCCUUCUGAGCCUUCACGCCACGACUCCUACGGCAGCCUGCAGGGGGCGUCUCUGUCCGAGCCUGGCUUUUUGCAGAGGAGGAAGGGCUCCCCGUCACAAGGAAAAGUCCAAGACUUCUUGGGAGUCCUGCCCUCCAUGUUUCCCCACGUGUGCUCACUUUGCGACUUUGAUGUGCAUUCCACCAUGGAGUGGAACCAACACACAAAUGGCUUGCGACAUGCCGAGAACAGACGAGUGCUGCUCAACAUGUAUCCAGAGUGGGACCCCAGUGUGGCUUCUGGCAGAAGCCUCAUGGAGUCCACUAACAUGUCUGCGGGACUACUUGGACCACCCCCCUCGGGGCCUGGGCCGGCAGCAGGGAUGAUGUCCAAUUGGGGCUCAGGUAUGGGUCCUGGUCUGUCGGGGAAGAACCAGUCAGGACAAAACAUGUUGAGGAGCAGAGUGGUGGUGGUUAAAUACGACAGGAAGCCCCUCAGCAAUAAGACGUUAUUCGCCUUCACGGAACCUUUCGGGCGUCUGCGGGAGCACCUGAUCCUCAAGAAUAAGGCUUUCUUGGAGAUGGAGCGUCACGAAGAAGCGCAGGACAUGGUCAACUACUACCAGUUGAAGCCGGCUAUGCUCUACGGGAAGCCUGUCACCUUCUACCUAUCUAGACGGCUGAUGGUCAUAGAGAAAGACCAGCGCUCGUCCGACAGGCAGAGUGACAGGCUCUCCUGGGAGAGCAAAGGACGAGGCAGUAAGGUGGUGUUCUUCUCCAACCUGCCCAGAGAAGAAGACCAGAAGGAGGAACUACUGACCAUCGCCGCUCGCUUUGGCGUGGUUGAGAAGCAUCUCUUCUUGACCAAUCAGGCGUUCGUCCAGUUGGGAACGUCAGACGAUGCAGAGAUGAUGGUCAAGUACUACACUGUCAACCCCCUCACCAUCCAAGGUCGAGCCAUCCGCAUCAACAUCUGCACCAAGUACAAGACCCUCAACAUCAAUCGCAGACAGGAAGGAGCUGCAGGGAACAGUCGGAGGGGCGGAGCCAACAGCAGCUACUCGGCAUCCAGAAACACAUCUACAUCGCCUUCCAGGAGCAGAGAUGAUGAGCACAUAGCCAAGUCUUCUUCAGAGGAUGAGGAGGACAAAGAAGGGGAGGAAGUGUCCGGAGUGGUGGAGGGGGACGAGAAUACAAGCGAGGCAGGUACAGAGGGGGUGGAGCCAGAGGAAACCGAAGAGGGCGUUCAGGAGAAGGUUCCUGAUGAUGAAGACGGUGUCACGGGUGAGACUCCUACCGAUGUGGUCAGUGCUCCUGUCAAGGCUGAGCAGGGGGAGGAGCCAGAGGAGCAGAAAGCAGAAGCGGGAAGUGCUGAAGAACACGAGCCUGAGCAGGACCGGAACUUCCUGGAGAACAUGGAGGAGUUUGUGACGCUGGAUGAACUCCCUGAUGAGGAGGAGGAGGAGUUGGCUGAAAAUGAAGGACAUCAUUCUGAAGACAUAGACACGUCCAGGAGAGGGGGGCUGAGGGUGGUCAACGUCCUGGGAUUCAGACGUGGAUACAAUUUCCUGGAUGAGUUGCUGGGGCUGGCUAAACCUUUUGGGAAGCUGGUGAAGCACCUGGUCCUGGACCGGAGACCUGAGGCCUUCCUUCAGUUUGCCACAGAGAAAGAAGCACGGGCAAUGGUCAAGUUUUACAACGGGAACGUUUCUGCGUCCGUAUGCGGGCGCCCGGUGCGGGUCAACCUUUCCAUGACCUACCCGACCAUCCAGUGCGGCGUCAGCAGGGUGGUGUAUGUGGGUCAGCUGCCCAACAGCAAAUACUUAGACGAGGACGUCUUCAAACUGGCGCACCCCUACGGCAAAGUCAGAAAGUACUUCCUGAACCGCAUCAAGAGAGAGUGUUUCCUGGAGAUGGAGAGGGCAGAGGACGCGUAUGAAAUGGCCGAAGCUUACAAAGCCAACCAACCAAAGUUAAAUGGUAGACGACUGCUCGUCUAUGUGAGCAGGAAGUACACGCAGCUCAAGUAUGGACAUCAGUGUAUCAGUGCUGUCAAGAGGGAGACGAGUAGCUCGCCUUCGAAAUCAGCCAAACAUCCAGAAGAGGAACCUCCAGCCAAGAAAAUCAAGAAAGACAAACCCAAGGAUGAAGAGGAGCAAAUGAAACCUCAAGAAGAUGAGGCGGUUAAGGACGAGCAAAUGAAACCUCAAGAGGAGGUGGCGGACAAGGACGAGCAAAUGAAACCUCAAGAGGAGGUGGCGGGCAAGGGGGAAGAGGAGGAAAAGAAACCUCAAGAGGAGGCCGUGGACAAGGGGGAAGAGGAGGAAAAGAAACCUGAAGAGGAGGUGGCGGACAAGGAGGAAGAGGAGCAAAAGAAACCUCAAGAGGAGGUGGCGGACAAGGAGGAAGAGGAGCAAAAGAAACCUCAAGAGGAGGAGCACAUGAAUCCUCAAGAGGAAGGGUCCGUCACGGAGGACGAGGAACACAUGAAACCUCAAGAUUCGGCGGUCGAGGAGAAUGAGGAGCCCAUGCAACCUCAGGAAGACAAAGCGGUCUUAGCGGAUGAGGCGCAAAUCAAACCUCAAGCGGAACAGGAGGAAAUGAAACCUCUGGUCGAAGAGGAGGUGUCAGGCCCGAAUCAAAAGACAGACAUGGACACCACAGAGAACAUUCCAUGUCUUCUGAAUCUGAAGCCGGAACCGACACAGGAGGAGGAGCAGAUCGCCAUGGAGACAUCAGCCAAUCAGGACAAACAGAUGUCAGCUCCGUUGGCUGAAACCAAACCGAGCGCUGCAUCUCUACCGCUGCCACCAUUCGACCCUAAUAGACCAAUCGGGCUGGAACACAUCAAGAUGGGGUAUUACUGCCGUGUCUGCCUGCUGUUUUACUCUAACGAGGACAUGGCCAAGAAAACACACUGCAGCAGCCAGAUGCACUACGACAAGCUGCAGAAACAUUUGGAGAAGGAAAAAAGCAAGGCGGAGAAGAAGCGAGCAAAGAAGGCUGACGCGUGACUUCAUUUUUUUUUCCCCCAACAAACGUUGAGUCGACUUUUGUGUUGAUACUUUUUCAUAAUUUUUGUUUAGACGCAGACUGCUGAUAUUUACAUUGCACAUUAAAGGACAAGCAGGCGGACUCUGCUUCAUCACAUACCUUGUUGUCCCCCUAGCAGUCACAUGAUCCAGUCACACUUCCUGUAGUUCAAAUAUCUCAGUUUGAAAGUGUCAGGAUGCGCUCCGCCUAAAAGACUAGAAAGUCCGUAUGGUUCAGCCUUUGUGAUUCUGUUCAUUGUUUGAAUGUUUUAGAAUAAAUGUUUUACACUCAAA